UUAAAUAUAUUAUUUUUUUCUUUCAAAUUUUAUUAUAGUUUAACUAUAAUAAUUGUCACAUAGAUUUUUAUAAAAUUACAGUCGAUUGGGUUAAGCAUAUCGAAGUUAUUUUUCUCUCGGUUAUAUAUUGGUUUCAUGAAUUAAAUUAUCUUUAUAUAGCAACACAUUGAUCAAGCUAUCGAGAAACAUUUUACAUAUACUUAUCCACAAUGCAAAAUCCAAUUUAAAAAAUUUGCCCACAAACAACACCUCAUAAUUAAGAUUAGUAUAAUACUAUUGAUCCUUUUGCAACAUCAAUUUUAGAGAUUCUCUUAUUCUACAAUAUAUAGUAUCUGAAACGUAGAGAAAAAACACAUAAUGUAGGUAUUUAUAAAGAAACAUGAAUAUGAACUCGAAUUCCGAGGCGAGAAACUGCUUGACAUAAAUAUUGCAUAUUCUUAAAUUUCAAAAAAAGAAGAAGAUAUAUUGCAUAUUCUUCCCAUACGGAAGGCGAUAAUCAAUUUUGGUUUUGUUAAUUUUUACAAUGAGGCGAGAAUCAAAUCAUUAGUUACAGAUGCUGUCACUAUAAAAAUAAAAUAUGUUUUUUUUUCAAAUAUAGCCUCCGAAACUUCAUAACCGACACUGCUUCUUGACCAAUUAACUCUAAAUAAUAUCUUCGUGAGCAUCAUAUUUUGAAACAUCAUAAGAUAACAGUUCCAGAUGAGCUUUUUUAAAUUAUAAUAAAAAGAUUCAUGAAUUUUUCAUGUUUCUUUUGGUGUGAGUUCUCAUAUGUUCACAUUAGUUUUUGUCGUGUUAGCUUUCAAAUAGAAAAGAUAAUAUAAAAAAUACUGCAAGAACACGAAACCUAGUAAUUAUUAAUUAUUAGAUUUAAUUGGUUUACAAAAUAAAUAUAAUUUACAAAUUUAAAUCGGUUUAUAAAUAAAAAUUUGGUCUACAAAUUAAAAUUGGUUUACAAACCUAAACCAACACAUAUACUUAAACCUAAAGGGUCAUUGUCUUCUUGCGCCGUUAGGGUAUGGUGUGUCUCUCUCUUUGUAUCUCUCUCUCGAUCAGUUCAUAACUCUGGGAAGGAGAAGCUCUGCUUGCUUUCCUUUCUAAAUUUAUCUCAAAUUGAGAAACCUAGAGAGAUGAUAAGAGAGUUUGCCAAGAACAGAGUCCGGGUUCCUUCAUUUCUCAAAUCAGCGAAAUUGAACUUCACCGAACUCGAAAUCAACUCGUUGGUUUUGAUGGGUUUUUCUUAAUUCUCUAGAUCCUGAGAAAAAUCUUGAAAUUCCCAGAAGAUGUUUGGGUUUGUGUGUGAAUGUUUUUACUUGAGCCGAGAUAUCUCCGAGUUUGAUUUGGAAUCGUCCGAGCCAAAGCCCUUCUGGUUUCCUUCUCCUCUUCCUUGCUGGCCACAUGAUUUUAUUUCCAUCUAGAUCCUCGCUGCCGAUCAACCUCCAUGUCCUGUCGAUCGCCUCAUCUUCCGCAAUACUCCGGGUACCAAAAAUGUGCUCAACCUCUUUCUCGAUCUCUGUGACUGGAGCCUUCUCGCGCUAUUUCCACACCACCGAUGUGCACCGCCAACGUUGUCAUUACCUGUGUGAUCGGAAAAAGAUGGAAAAAUCCUCAUGGAGUCUCACCAAAAGAGAUCCGACGGGAGUAUCCACUCCUAGUUUCUUCCUUUGUCGGAGAAGGUGACGCCUGAAGAAACACUCGACGAAGCAGUCUUUGCAACGUUAAAGAAGAGUUUAUAUUAGUUUCUCCUUCCUAUUCAGUAACCCUCUCUCUUCUCCAUGGUAACAAAAGAUAACAGGGAUCGUAAUGCUUGAGUGCAAGAAACUGAUGUAUCUCGCAACACCAAGCACUGUUAUUUAUAGUUCUAGAUUGAGCGAAGAGUGGGUGCAUUGAAUGAAACCUUGUGGGUAGGUGAAGUGGAUCAUUGGUCUUUAAGGAUUCAACUAAUAUCUUUUACUGGAUGCAUCGGCGGUUACGCAUCCAUGUCAUCGAACUGGUUCGCAUGAACAUAAAAGGACACCACAUGUGACUUGGGUUUCAAUAACAUAAAUUUCAUGGCCCAACUACGGAUCUCCCUCUCUGCUGAAAGGUGCCAUAAAAAAUAGCUCACCUACAUAUAAGCCCAACAAAACAUACAUCCGAUACAUUUAAGUUCUUGCUGAUGUGUCACUCUCUCCUUGCACUAUUUACUGAUGUGGAAUCCUAUGUGGCAGCCUUAGGAGUGAUCCAAACACUACUUUAUAUAUAAAGAUGUAUGUAUAUCAGUAUAUAAGCUUUUAAUUAGUCUUCUUAUUAUUAAUGGUUAAGCAUUAAUUCUCCUUGCAUUACAUAUGCUAGGUUUUUUGGUAUUUUACCUUGACAUUAAUCCACGAUUGAACAUAUUGAUGUAGUAGAUCGAUUCAAGCAUUAACAAUACAUAUAUAUAGUCUAGAUUAGUGGGAAAUAAUAAAGUUUCUAUUAGAAAAGAGCCCUUAGGGGAAGGUAAGUGGGACGCAUGAAUAAAGGGGGUUUAUAUCACCCAACAAUAAAAAUCACCCAAAUAAAAUCAAUGUGCUUCCCUUUAAACAUUCUUCUUGUCAUUUUCCUCACAACCAUCUUCUACUUUGGCCAACUUUUUAUCUUUUGUUGCCGUAAAAAAGAAAUUCAAAUAUGCAAAUCUCCACUCACACAUUAUACAUUCUCUUUUUACAAUCCUUAGAAUGCCCUUUUUGCCGUCUUCCCCUUGUCCUCUUCCUGCUGUACUCCUGAUUCUCUUCCUUUCGGAAUUUCGUCGAAAUAUUCAACAACCCUAUAUUUUUAAUUAUAUUCUCAUGCAGAUUAAAUAAUAAGAAUAUAUCGCCCCUUUUCUUCCAUAUAUAACACAACAUACGUAACAUGACCCCAAACCCUAUAGCAACACACUCUCCACGACUCAUAUUAUACCGUGUACGUCAUGAGUUCAGUAGCAAGAGACCGAAAGGAACAAAUGGUAAUCCAGUCUUCAAUCGUGUUGCUUCAAGAAAGAUUCAGACAACUUCAGAGAACGCGAGAGUUAAGAGCUGAGCGAGAGCUCCUUAACCCUAAACCUAACCACCAAGACAACAAUAUCUUACAAUAUUACACCCAACCCGCGAGUUUUGAUUUCUUCCAGUUUCUACCUCUUAACUCUCAAACAUCCUCGUCACAGCAGCUCCUCUCCCUCUCCUUAUGCCCUAUCUCCACAUCUGAUUCCACUGAAAAGCCUAGCUUUUAUCAUCACUGGCCAAAUAAAGACGACAAGAAGAAGGUGGUUGGGACUGAUCGACACGACGAUGUUGAUACGUCUCUGCGUCUCUAAGUUCAUAAAGUUUCUCCUCAGUCUUUUUGCUUUUUAUUUAUACAAAUGUGUGUAUAACCCUUUCUGGUCGGUAUGCUCUUAUAAGGAGUCUUGUAUCUCUUAGCGAAAAAAAGGCGUCUUGUAGGUGGUAAUGAUAUGUAUGUUCAAAUGCAAUCAUAUAUAGUAUUACAUGUUUCAGAGCUAA